AGCCCGGAGCAGAACUCGAAGGGACAUGUCUCUGUGAUAUGUCUCAUAUGAUAUGUGUUACAUUUAUAAUAACAACUAAUGUGACUGCGCGUGAGGACAACAUGAGCGCGAGCUGGACUCUGUUUGUGCUUCUGCUGUGCGCGCGGACCGCGGAGCUCCGACACCGGCACCAAGCUGUAGACCCGGAAUUGGACCCGGGACUGAAGGGUCUGCACACGAAAAGGGAGGCGCUGACCCGCGGAGCCCGGAGAGGAGCGCUUUCUGUGGGCUUCAGUCCGGAGAGCGCCCAGGAGGAUGCGGAGCGUCUGGAUGAGAUGGAGCCGGGUCACCGCGCUCUGGACCCGGAGGAUGUCGGGCCAAACCCGAUGAACAAGAGGGUUUCCCGCGGGACAAAGGGUGCGUGGAGGAGGAGGGGGGACCAGAGCACUUUGAGUACAUUGAAUCCGGAUCGUUUCUUCACAACGCCGCGCACGGCUCACCCGCCCGUGAACUCCUCUGUGCGCGUCGCGCUGCUGCCGCUGAGCGGAGGCGCGCGGUGGGCGUACGCGGUGCUGCUGCUCGCGCUCGUGAUGUUCUCCGUGGGGCUCGUGGGGAACCUCGCGCUCAUGUGCCUCGUGUGGCACAGCGUCCACUUGAAGAGCGCGUGGAACUGCGUUCUCGCAGGGCUCGCGCUCUGGGACUUCCUCGUGCUUUUCUUCUGUCUCCCGGUGGUCCUGUUCCACCAGCUCACGGGCACGCGCCUCAUGGGCGCGCUCUCGUGCAGUCUCGUGCCCUUUCUAGAGGUGAGCUCAAUGGGCGUGGCCACCUUCAGUCUGUGUGCUCUAAGUAUUGACCGUUUUCAUAGUGCCACAAGUCCCACCACCCUGAGCAUGCAUGUGGAGCCGUGCACGUCCAUCCUGCCCAAACUCAGCGUCGUGUUCAUUGGUUCGCUGCUGUUAGCAACACCGGAGCUGCUAGCAUACCGCCAUGUGUCACUCCCCCUGCAGGAGAAACACACCCACUAUAGCACACAGGUGGAUGUGUGCCUGGCUGAGCCCUCCUCUGAGCUCCCAUUGUCCAUACUGUCUUUGGUGUUGACCUAUCAGGAGGCUCGUUCUUGGUGGGUGUUUGGCUGUUAUUUCUGCCUCCCUCUGCUCUUCACAUUGUCAUGUGACCUGGUGACACGUCGUGUGAUGUCACAGCGAGAGGCGCAGGUGAUUGGCCGACAGGAGGUCAGCAGCCGGAGCUCCUCCCUCUCCGUCAUCAAGAAGGAAGUGGAGCUUAACAGAAGCCCCUCCCUCUCAGUGUCCAAACAGGAAGUGAGCAGCCACUCUUCCUCUCUGAACAGGAAGCGGAUGGAGAGGGAGGCGGGGCUUCGGUCGGUGGUGCUUGCUCUGAUUGGUCUUUACUCGGCGUGCACACUCCCUGAGGCCGUGUGCACCAUCGCCAUGUCCUACCUCCCCUUGCUUCCUGUGGGCGUGUCCCCAGCGCUGCGUCUGAUUGGACAGUUCCUGCUGUUUGUGCGUUGCUCGGCCACACCCCUCCUCACACUCACCUUCAACCGCGCUCUAGGGGGUGCCUUCCUUCACUGUUGCUGCUGCUGCUGCGACGAGUGUGGAGCCAUACCCCCCCCAGCCCUGGACACACCCAGUCCCUCUCUGGCUACACCUUCUACACUGUUAGCCAUGCCCCUUUCAGCCAUGGGCCCGCCUCUCAGAGACACGCCCACAGAGCAGCAGAGACGAGUGCUCGGGACGCCGUGCUGAAGAGUCAUGAGAUUACAUAUUUUAGGCUUUUCAAAUUGUUUAUGUAUUGUUGUUUUUUUGUUGUUGUUUUUUUAACAUAUUUUUAUUGGAUUUAGAGAACUGUUUUCCGGAUUUAAGUUUGUAGUUUGUUCAUUAACUGUCAGAACUCUAUGAAGAAAAAUGCCUCAAAUAAAAAUCCCUCUCCUCCAGAGAGCUGACAGCUGUAGAAAGUUUGCUGAAGGGUAGAGUUUGGCACUUCGACCUUGUUGGGAGGAGACUCUCCCACUUUAUGUGAAACAGACAUUCUGCUCAGACCCUGUCGCUCUGUUUGUGUUUAUGAGCUCAAAUAUUUAGACUUUUGUCAAACUGUACUUAUGACAAACAAAAGGUUCAACACAGAUUUCUGUUAGAAAUAUUAAUCAUGUGACCUCUGAACUUUGUAGGAUUCAAAUGUAAGGAUUCAAAUGAGAUGGUAGAAAUAGCUCAUAUUCACUGUUAUGUUUUUCACAUUUGAAAAACAGUGUUUUUGUUUUGAAUUUUGUGGAGGUCAGUGGUUUUAAUUUGAUUUAAAUGUAGAAUUAUUAAAAAUAAACUUGUGCUUUUACUUU